AUGUCACGAACAGCCACAAGAUCAUCACCGGUGGGAGCACAAGACGACGUUGAACUAGAAAAUUAUGUUUAUUCACGCACCAAAUCGCAGACCUUCUCAACACAUCAUCACUCAUCGGUAACACCAGAAAGCGUCAGCGGCACGAGGUCUGAUUCAAGAUCCAAUUCCACCACACUAGCGAACAACAACGACAAUGGAAACGAAAAUGACGGCAACGAGGAAGAGUCGUAUCCCGAUGGAGGCAUACGAGCAUAUUCAGUAACGUUGGGCUCAUUUCUUGGACUCAUCGUUAAUCUAGGCAUGAUAAACAGUAUAGGUGCUUUGCAAACGUACAUCAGUAGGAACCAAUUGGUGAAAUUGCUGGAAGUCAACAUCAGUUGGAUCUUUGGAAUAUUUUUAUCCAUAGCCUAUGCCGGUGGCUUGGCUACUGGUCCCAUUUUCGACAAGUAUGGGCCAAAGUGGUUACUAAUUGCUUCAACCUUGUUUAUGUUUGCCGGACUAAUGGGUGCUGCCAGUAGUACCAGUAUUUGGCACUUUAUAUUGAGUUUUAUUGGCAUGGGUAUCGGCAACGGGUUGGGGAUGACGCCCUUGGUAGGUGUGAUUAGUCAUUGGUUUCACAAGAAACGAGGCUUGACUACGGGGUUGGCCACUUGUGGUGGAUCUGUUGGAGGAUUGGUUUUCCCAUUGAUGUUGCGGUCGCUUUAUGUGCAAGUCGGGUAUGUUUGGGCUGUUCGAGUAUUGGCGUUUAUUUGUCUAGCUUGUAUGGUUGUUUCGACGUUGUUGGUCAAGGAGCGGUUCACCCUGAAGAAAUCUGGUGGUGGUGUCACAGAGGGUAAGGCUAAAAGUCACGUGAUAAAACCGCGCUUGACCAAAGUAUUCAAAAUUAAGGAUUUCAAAUACGUUUAUGUCAUCUUGGGCAGUUUCUUUGCCGAGUUGUCUUUGGUUUUGCUAGUGACGUAUUUUGCCAGCUAUUCUAUUGCCCAGGGUGUCUCGGAAUCCACAUCGUACUUGCUAUUGACUGUUUGGAAUGCUGUAGGCAUCUUGGGCAGGUUUAUCCCUGGGUUCAUUAGUGAUGUCUACGGCAGGUUCAACGUCAACAUUCUUAUGCUUAUUGGGUACACGUUGACUAUAUUGGUGCUAUUGCUCCCAUUUGGCCCCAAAAGCCAUGGAGCCUUGUGGGCAUUUGCCGUCUUGGGUGGCUACUGCUCGGGUUCGAUUCUCAGUCUCUUACCUGCUUGCUUAUCGCAAAUCACCCCUGUGAACGAGAUGGGGACAAAAUACGGCAUACUUAAUAGUCUUUUGGCGUUAGCUAACCUAUUUGGCGUGCCAAUUGCUGCAGCUAUCAUCAGAGACGGGACAAAGACGCAAUAUACCCACUUUAUGAUCUUUGUUGGUGUGUUGGCCUUCUGUGGGACAUUUUUCUGGUGCUGUAGCCGCGUCGCUAUAGUCGGAUUCAAGCUCAACAUCAAAGUGUGA